CACACACACGCUACUGUUGCAUAGAGAGAGUGAGAAGGGGAGGGUAUAUACAUACAUACAUAUACAUAAUGGAUGAGCUUCCGAAGUGCCCGGCGAAUUACGUGCCGCUGAGCCCCGUCACGUUCUUGGAACGGGCGGCGGCCGUGUACGCCGACCGGACCUCGAUCAUAUACGGCCGCAAGCGCUUCACCUGGAAGCAGACGCAUGAGCGGUGCCGCCGCCUCGCCUCCGCCAUUCGUGCUCUCAAUAUCAGCAAAAAUGACGUCGUUUCGGUGCUGGCGCCGAAUGUCCCGGCGAUGUACGAGAUGCACUUUGCGGUGCCGAUGGCGGGGGCGGUGCUCAACACGAUAAACACGCGCCUCGACGCGAAGACGGUGGCCACCAUCCUCCGCCACGCCGAGGCGAAGCUCUUCUUCGUGGACUGGCAGUACAUCCGCCUCGCCCGCGACGCGCUCAAGCUCCUCCUCCUCAGUGAACCGCGGCAGCAGCAGCAGCUGCCGCUGGUGGCGGUGAUUGACGACGCGGAGACGGCGACGGGGGUCCGGCUCGGCGAGCUGGAGUACGAGGAGAUGGUGGCACGUGGGGACGCGGGGGCGGAGCCGCAGAGGGUAGGGGACGAGUGGGACGCGAUCGCGCUGAAUUACACGUCGGGGACGACGUCGGCGCCGAAAGGGGUGGUGUACAGCCACCGCGGGGCGUACCUGAGCACGCUGAGCCUGCUGCUGCAGUGGGGGGUGGGCCCGGCGCCGGUGUACCUCUGGACCCUCCCCAUGUUCCACUGCAACGGCUGGACCUUCCCCUGGGGCGUGGCCGCGCGCGGCGGCACCAACGUCUGCCUCCGCAGCGCCUCCGCUGCCGGCAUCUUCGCCGCCAUCGCCGACCACGGCGUCACCCACAUGUGCUGCGCCCCCGUCCUGUUCCGGAUCCUCCUCGAGGGACCAGUACCCGAGGCGCAGCAGCAGCUGCGGCGGGGCGUGGAGGUGCUGACGGGCGGUGCGCCGCCGCCCGCAGCGCUGCUGGAGCGCGUGGAGCGCAUGGGGUUCCGCGUCACGCACGCCUACGGGCUGACGGAGGCGACGGGCCCCGCGCUCGCCUGCGAGUGGCGCGCCGAGUGGGACCGCCUCCCGGCGGCCGAGCGUGCCGCACUGAAGGCCCGGCAGGGCGUGAGCGUGCUGUCCCUGGCCGACGCCGACGUGAAGAACACCAAGACCAUGCGGAGCGUCCCCCGUGACGGCAGGUCCGUGGGGGAGAUCGUGCUCCGCGGCAGCAGCAUCAUGAAAGGCUACCUCAAGAACCCCGCGGCGAACGCGGAGGCGUUCAGAGAAGGCGCCGGGUGGUUCUUCACGGGCGACGUCGGGGUCGUCCACCCUGACGGCUACGUUGAGAUCAGGGACCGGUCCAAGGACGUGAUCAUCAGCGGCGGCGAGAACAUCAGCAGCGUCGAGGUCGAGGCCGUGCUGUACAGCCACCCGGCCGUGGCCGAGGCCGCCGUGGUCACCAUGCCGCACCCGCUGUGGGGGGAGACUCCGUGUGCCUUCAUCGUGCUGAGGGAGGGUCCCAAUUCCGCAAACGAGGAGGACGUUGUCGCCCACUGCCGAGCCAACAUGCCGCAUUUCAUGGUGCCCAAGAAGGUGGUGUUCGUCGACGGCUUGCCGAAGACCGCCACGGGGAAGAUACAGAAGAACGAGCUCAGAAAAGAAGCAAAGAAUUUAAAAGUAACCGCGCCAGCGCCGGCGCCAGCGCUAGAGAGGAGUUCACAACAACAGCAGCAGCAGCAGCAGCAGCAGCAGCAGCAGCAGAAGCACAGCCAAAAGAAGUCCACGACCACAACAAGGCACGGUCAAACUGAGCAGCAAAUACUCGCCAUCUCAAAGCUCUAAACUUACUCUAUUAUCAUUAUUAUUAUUACUAAUAUUAUUUUUCUUGUAGUAGUAAUCGAAUGGUAUAUAUGGCAUAGUACGUAUCUUGUUUAAUAUACAUAAACACUCUGCAGUACUGGUAUUAAUGUACGUAGUGUUGUAGAUCAGAUCUCGAUCGAUCUUAAAUUGUCAACGUGGAUAAUCAAAUACUUGUGAGUAUUAAGUAUUGUUCGUAUUAUUAGUAGAUAGAGAUCUCGGGCAUGCACGACCUUGUAACGAAGCUAAUAAAAUACUUGUGACUUGUGAGCUGUGAUUAUUUAGUUGGAAAAUGCUUUGGGUUUCUUACAAUUUUAUCGAUGUAAAUUUUGUCGAUGUGAAUCAAAUUA